UUUACCGCAUUUUACUGCGGGAACAAACCGUAACACAUCCAAAUGUUCAACGAAACGAUGCGUUUCAGUGUAAGCAUAGAGGGGGAACUGGAAGUGGAAAAGGCGCGAUCCUGAAAUUAUUAACCCUAGAAAUUAACAGAGCAAACUGCAAACAUUCUCGACUCCCAAAGCAGUAACAACAAUCACCUACUUGGGCGGGAAAGUGCCCCCCUCUCUCUCUACGUUCACCGUGAAACUACACAGUUACGGUUGCGAAACCGUUAGGAAUGAUAACAAUGCAAACCGUAGAAGAAGGUAGUGGCAGCGAAGACCAAAACGCACGCGUUGAAGAAACAGAAACUCCUUUACAGAUAGAGAUUUCAAACCUACGUCGACGCUGGGAACUCGCUUCCGUUCUCAACUUCCUUGACGUGUUUAGUCCGAUACUUGGUAAGGAUUUGAAGGUUUCAGCUGAAGAAAUUGAGAUCGGUCUUGUUCAGCCUAAUGCUGCACUUGCGAACCUUCAUAUUCAGCUUUUGAAGGGAACACCACCAGUGAGCAAAAUACUGAAUGAAACUGAUAAAUGGGUGACCGUUCUCUCUAAGAAACUGAGUAUGUGGUGGCCAUGGGUUGCUGAGGGCAAGAAUCCACUUGUACCAUCUAAAGGAGAGGAGAUAUCAAAGUACAAGGAGCUUGAUCCAUUGGAUCGUUUACUACUACUAAAAGCCAUUUGUGAAGUUAGAGCUGAUCAACAUGAUGUGGUAUCAUAUAUUAAUGAUUCUCUAAAAGAAGGAACUGAAAUUUCUUCUUUUCGUAAAAAUGCCUUUGGAAAAGUUGGAACUGGCACAACCUAUUGGUACGAUGCCAACACAAAAGCACAGAGUCACAGAUUGUACAAGGAAACAAUCACAUCAGUCUCAACUCCAAACCGUAAGGUCAAAAGCUGUUUAUCACUUCCCAACUUUCAAUGGGAAACACUUGCCUCCAAUCUUGAAGAAUUUUCAGAAGUAGCUGAAAAAUUAUCAUCCAGCAAGUCUCAUGUGGAAGUUUUUAUUGGCAAGAAGCUUCAAAGUGAAGCUAUUCCUGUUCUUGAUAAACUUCAAAAGAAGAAAGAAAAAGCAAUGAAACAAAAACAGAGACAGGAUAAGCUCUUAAAAGAUUUUCAGAACUCUUAUUCUUCUGGAAAUGCACGCUCUUGUCGCACUCGAAGGCCUGUUAAUUACAGUUUCGAGGCUUAUGAUCGAACAAUAAAGGAGGCUAUACAGUUGACAAACAAAAGGAAAAAGUCCCCUGCUGCCAACCAAGACAGAAACAAAGGAUCUGAAGAUGACUCCGCCAUGGAUGUAUCGUCAGACAGUGAUGAUUCUAAUAGAGAUGCGCCCCCUAUAUCUGAGAGUGAUGAUUCUGGUUACGAAAUUGAGAAUCACAGUAGUAGUGAGGAGAAUGAUGAACAUGAUAGGCAGAUGGAUAAUUCGGAAGCACACUCAAGUGACGCGGUUUCUUAUCCCAAGGGGGUUCGCUGUAGUAAGCGGUUAGCUGGAGUUCCUGGCCAUACUAUUCCAGAAAGCAUAGGCUUGGCUGCGAAGCAAAGAAUGAGACAGAGACCAACCCGAAAUACUGCCAUAGAAUCUACUGUUGUAUCCGAUUCAGAGGAUGAACCUCAUGAAGGGAAGACAGAUCUUUCUGAUUCUACCUAGGCCUAGUAUUUGACUUAAAUUUUGUGGAAGUAUUUAGCAGCAGUGUAGAAUGUUUAUCAGCAACAUUUGGGGUUAUUUGAAAACUUUCCCCUUUCUAGGCUUAUACAUAAUUUUUUGGUUGAUCUAAUUUGUCUUGGAAUCCAUGAAGGUAGUACUUCUCUCGGGUGUUAUCAUCUGGGAAAUUUUUGAAAUUCUCAGUAUAUAUAUAAUAUAUAAAAUGAAUGCAAUUUGAUUC